UCCACCAGCCAUUGGCUUCGGCCAAGGCUGACGAGCCAUUCCCAGCAAUGGGCGCCCUCCAUCUCCCGCUGCUCGUCGUCGCCGCCCUUCUCUUCUCCUCGUCUUCCGCGGCGCUGACCGCCGUUGAGGAGGCCGCCAUCGCGCUCCGGCAGAAGCUCGCCUUCGAGAACCACCACCACCCGACUGACCACGUCCACAUCGACAUCAACAUCGACAUCAAGAUCACCAACCCGAACCUCCUCACCGCGCACAAGGCGCUGCAGGCGCUCAAGAACGCGCUCUACUCCGACCCGAACAACUUCACCGGCAACUGGGUCGGCCCCGACGUCUGCGCCUACAACGGCGUGUUCUGCGUGCCCUCGCUGCACAACGAUUCGGAGAGCGCCGUCGCGACGCUCGACAUGAACGCCGCCGACGUCGCGGGCUACCUGCCCAAGGAGAUCGGCCUCAUGAGGGACCUCGCCGUGCUCCACCUCAACUCCAACCGCUUCUGCGGGGUCAUCCCGGAGGAGAUCAGGAACAUGACGGAGCUGUACGAGUUCGACGCCAGCAAUAACCGCUUCGUGGGGCCCUUCCCCGCAGCCGUCCUCGGGGUCCCCAAGCUCAGCUACCUCGACAUCCGGUUCAACGACUUCGACGGCCCGAUCCCACCGGAGCUCUUCCUCAAGCCCUACGACGCCAUCUUCCUCAACAACAACCGGUUCACCUCCGGCAUCCCAGAGACCAUCGGCAAGUCAAGGGCGACGGUGAUCGUCCUGGCCAACAACGAACUCGGUGGGUGCAUCCCCCGGAGCAUCGGCGACGCCGCGGCCACGCUCGACCAGUUCAUCUUCACCAACAAUAGCCUCACCGGCUGCCUGCCAGUCGAGACGGGCCUCCUGGCCAAUGCGACGGUGUUCGACGUCAGCGGCAACGCACUAACCGGCGCGAUCCCGCGGACGCUGGCCGAGCUGUCCAUGGUCGAGCAGCUGGACCUGUCGCGCAACAUGUUCACCGGCGACGUGCCGAGGGACCUGUGCGAGCUGCCGGCGUUGGCGAACCUGUCGGUCUCGUAUAACUUCUUGACGCGCGAGGACGCCGCGUGCAGCGCGCUGGACAGGAACAUGAACGGGUCCUUUAAUGACGAGGCAAACUGCAUGGGGCAGUCAAGGCCGGCGCAGAGGAGUGCCGGCGAGUGUACGCCGGUGGUGAAUCACCAGGUGGACUGCACCAAGGUCAAAUCAUGUGGGUGGCCAUCGGUCGAGCCGCCACCACCACCUCCAGCACCUGUGGCAUCCCCGCCGCCGCCACCGCCUAUGUCGUCUCCACCACCACCAGCAGCCUCUCCGCCACCGCCGGUUUUCUCUCCGCCACCGCCUGUGGCAUCUCCGCCACCGCCGGCAGCAACACCUCCACCACCAGUUUACUCUCCACCACCGCCGCCACCAGUUAUCGUCCCACCCGUACGAGGAACGAAAUACCAGUCACCACCGCCACCGCUUUUUCCAGGUUACUGAAAGCCAAGAACAUGAGCGAUAUGUACAGAUGUUGUUGUUCCAAUAUUUUAGCACAGGAGAAAUCGAAUGUAAUCUAAGCCCACACUUUUCCACAUUGCUGAGGGUGCUCACAUAUUCUUAUAAUUCUGACAUGCUUGGCACCC